AUGGACUUUCUGCGCCUGAACGAUUACUGUUUGGACCUCAUAUUUGGUUACCUAAACUUCAACGAACUCUUGCUGCUCUACCGUGAAACGAAAUGUUUGGAUGGCACCAUUGGAAGACAACUCCACCGAUUUAGGGAGUUCAAGCUUAGCAUGGAUCAACCUCCUCCUUUUCGAGGGGAUUUCUUGAUUGAGCUGGGGCGCCACCUGAGGAGUCUGCACAUCGACGCAUGCUUCGCCGAGGACGGAGAGGUUCUUCGGUACCUGAAGCCUCUAUGCCAAGGAUCUGCUGAGAGCCGACAGAUGAAAGCCCUGAAAAUUGAUUGCGCCAAAUGGACUUUUAAAAUGUUCAAAACCAUGGUUCUGGUGAUACCAUCGCUGUUAUGUUUGGACAUGCGUCACUGCUACUUACGCAAUUACCAGAUUUCGCAGCUCCUGCAGCCGGCAGAAAAGUUGCAGGUCUUCGGUUUCUUUCAUUUGGACAGUGUUACUGGAGGGUCUGACUUCUACCCUGAAGUACUCAACCGGUUGCCGUCCUUGAAACUCAUCCAUAUCUCAAGCCCUGUUCCCAUUUCCGAGGACAAUUCUCACACAGUAACUUUAUAG